AGGCAAGGGCACCCUCCGCUCCGGGGCAAGAUGCAGCGACACCCCGGUCUCCUGUUCGUCUGCUUGAUCUUUUGUGCUGCUCUCUCAGAGACGUUUGGGCUGGUUUUAUCCGCUAAAGAGAAAAGGGGAUGGACUAUGAAUAGUGCUGGUUAUCUGCUUGGCCCGCGUCGUAUUGAACAGCUCCUCAAGGAAAUGCCCAGUGCAAGGGGGAGAGAAGAGCCACCUGGGGAAUAUAUAAUAGACAGAGUUUUUAGUAACAAGCACGGUUUUGCUGGUAAACGUGACAUACAUCUUGAAGAAAAUAUAAAAGCAGAUGCUUCCACAAGACUUCUGACAUACAACAAUAUUAUGCGUACAGUAAUUGAAUUCUUGGCCUAUUUACAUCUUAAAGAAGCUGGGGCUCUUGACAACAUAGCUACAACAGUUUCUUCAGAAGAAAGAGAUCAGUCCUGAAAGAGAAUGCAUUUAUACUCUGAAUUGAUCUAAUCUGAACAUUGAACAAAAUAAGACAUUAUUUAUUGUUUACAGACCUUACACUACGACUGCUUGUCAAGUUCUUUUCUCCCCAGUGAUGUUAUAUUAUAAGAUUUUUCCUUAAUAAAAAUGAUUACUUUGGAUAAAUGACAAAAUAAUAAUAAAAAAAAUAGCAGCUACUUCUUGUGCUACUUUCCCUAGAAA